AUGCUCUUCUUCUUAUCUUUCUUAAAAUAUUUGUCCUUGUCGGAACUUUUUCUUCUUUCCCUUUCCUGCUUAUUAAAAUUCUUUGUAUUCAUUGGAAUCUCUCCGCCAUCUUUCACUAAAAAUUUAUCUUUAUUCAGAUUUUCCAUUUUCUUUCCUGUUCUUCAUUUCUUUCUUUUUCUGUUUCAUUUUCAUAAUUUUAAACCAAAUUUUUAUUUUUUAUUUUUCUUUCUUAUUCCAUUUUUUUUCAAUAUUUUCACCUUUUUUUUUCCUUCAUUUUUAUCUCUUCUUUCCUCUUCUCAUUUUCCUCUCUUGUAUGUGUCAUUUUUUUUUGUUUCUCACUCAUCUUUUCCCCUUAAUUUUUCUUCCUCAACCCCUUGUUUCCUCUUUUCCUUCUUCCUCUAUACACUUUCUUUCUUCCUUCCUCCACAUUCUUUCUUUCUUUCUUUCUUACCGUUAUUUUAUAGUAUACCCCCACAUCCACAAACUUCCUUCGUUUCCUCCUUCUCCCAAUCCGUCUAUCAUCAUUUCUUUUGUUCCUCUCUCCCCUUUUUUCCUUUCCAUCAUCCCUUUCUUUCUUCCUCUUUCCCUUUUCUUUCUUUUUCGCUUCCCUUUUUUACUUUCUUUCUUCCAUUUCUUUCUUUCUUCCAUUUCUUUCUUUCUUUCUUUCUUUCUUUCUUUCUUUCUUUCUUUCUUUUAUUCUAUAGCGUACCCCCCACAUCCUCACACUUCCUUUAA